CGCUCCCUCACAAACCCUCAACAUAAUACCACCCCCCGUGUUCUCGAGAUCAUAGCGACAUCAUGGCGGACGAAAGACUCAAGGGAAUGGACCAUUCCGAAGUCCAUUACUUCAACAGUUACAACCACCAUGGCAUCCAUGAAGAAAUGUUGAAAGAUGAGGUUCGCACUCGAUCGUACAUGAAUGCGAUCGUACAGAACAAGCACCUGUUCAAGGACAAGAUUGUUCUCGAUGUCGGUUGCGGAACUGCGAUUCUCUCCAUGUUCGCCGUCAAGGCAGGAGCCAAACAUGUAAUCGGUGUCGACAUGUCUACCAUCAUCGAAAAGGCCAAAGAAAUUGUCGAAGUAAAUGGCAUGUCAGACAAGAUCACCCUUCUCCAGGGCAAGAUGGAAGAAGUCGAACUACCAUUCCCAAAAGUAGACAUUAUCAUCUCCGAGUGGAUGGGAUACUUCCUGCUCUACGAGUCUAUGUUGGACACGGUCUUGUAUGCCAGAGAUAAGUAUCUGGUGCCUAAUGGUUUGAUUUUCCCUGACAAGGCCACUAUCUUCAUGGCUGGGAUUGAGGAUGGCGAGUACAAGGACGAGAAGAUUGGCUUCUGGGACAAUGUCUACGGCUUCGACUACUCACCCCUCAAGCAAACCGCGCUCACUGAGCCCCUCGUCGACACCGUCGAGAUCAAAGCCGUCGUAACAGACCCAACCGCAGUCCUAACCCUCGACCUCUACACCUGCACAACUGCCGAUCUGGCUUUCGCUAUACCCUUCACACUCGAUUGUCGCCGGGAUGAUUUCGUUCACGCGAUCAUCGCAUGGUUCGAUAUCGACUUCACUGCCUGCCACAAGCCCAUCCGCUUCUCCACGGGCCCGCACACCAAGUACACGCAUUGGAAACAAACAGUGUUCUACUUACGGGAUGUGUUGACAGUCCAACAAGGGGAGCAGAUCAGAGGUGUUCUCGAGAAUAAGCCAAACGACAAGAACAGACGUGAUUUGGAUGUUAAGAUCUCGUACCAGUUGGUGACAGAUGAUAGCAUGAGACAGGCGGAAGGUUCUUGUGAAUACAAGAUGUGUUGAUGAGUGGGCGGUACGGGAGUGGGAUGGGAAUCUUCGCGGCUGUGAGCGCAGACCCUGGGCUUUUUUUUUGUAGAUGAUUUCUUUACUGGCUGGGAAUAUCCGCGAUGGCGUUCUGAGCCUAUGACUGAGAGAUUCGAGGCCUGGAAUAGGCCCUCUAUAUUCGAUUUCAAUGACGAUGAAGGGCACCUUUCAUGAAUGGAGGUAUGAAGUCGGCAGAGAGCUCCGAAUAAUUGCUGUUUUCUAUUGCCAAGUGUGCGAGUUGCGAGUUUUCCCUUUGCAAUCUGCCUUUACUUUUGGCGGAGAAAGAUCUGUGAGGUCUGUGAGGUCUGUGGUCUGUGGUCUGUGGUCUGUUGUGCGUUGAUCGUCUCCAUUAUCCCUGUUUAAGGCUCGGCCCGCCUACCGAGAUCUUCCCCCCUCACUCUCACCUGAUCCAGCCCCUGAUGCGCCU